AGGAGGCGGCGCGGCGGACGGCGGCCCGAGAAGAGUGCCCGCGCUGCGGCCCGCGGGACCGCGCUGCGACCGCCCGGGCGGCCCCUGGAGCUCCCGCCGCCGCUGCCGCCGCCGCGCAGCGCGGACCGAGAUCCCACCACUUGACUACAGUUCCACGAGAGCAGGAACCUGAUGAGAGCAGGAACCUGGUCUGUCAUGUUUAUUGCUGUGUCCCCAGUAACUAGAAUCUAUCAUAAAGCUGACAUUUAAUAAAUGUUUGUGGAAUGAAUGAGACGUGGGACAUGUGGAUUUGGGACAUGAAUUCAUUUGAAAAACCUCUUUGGGGUUAUGAAUGUGAUUUCUGAUGAAACUGGAUUGGAAAUAUUUUCAUGAUCUUUGUAUAUUUAUAUAUAUAUAUUUUAAAACUUUGCAUUUGACUUAAAGUGCCAUGAGAAAAUUUGCAUAUUGCAAGGUGGUCCUAGCCACCUCCUUGAUUUGGGUACUCUUGGAUAUGUUCCUGCUGCUUUACUUCAGUGAAUGCAACAAAUGUGAUGAAAAAAAGGAGAGAGGACUUCCUGCUGGGGAUGUUCUAGAGCCAGUACAGAAGCCUCAUGAAGGUCCUGGAGAAAUGGGGAAGCCAGUUGUCAUUCCUAAAGAGGAUCAAGAAAAGAUGAAAGAAAUGUUUAAAAUCAAUCAGUUCAAUUUAAUGGCAAGUGAGAUGAUCGCCCUCAACAGGUCUUUACCAGAUGUUCGGUUAGAAGGGUGUAAAACAAAGGUGUAUCCAGAUAACCUUCCUACAACAAGUGUGGUGAUUGUUUUCCACAAUGAGGCUUGGAGCACACUUCUGCGAACUGUCCAUAGUGUCAUUAAUCGCUCACCAAGACACAUGCUAGAAGAAAUUGUUCUAGUAGAUGAUGCCAGUGAAAGAGACUUUUUGAAAAGACCUCUAGAGAAUUAUGUGAAAAAAUUAAAAGUACCGGUUCAUGUCAUUCGAAUGGAACAACGUUCUGGAUUGAUCAGAGCCAGAUUAAAAGGAGCUUCUGUGUCUAAGGGCCAAGUGAUCACUUUCUUAGACGCCCACUGUGAGUGCACAGUGGGGUGGCUGGAGCCUCUCUUAGCCCGGAUCAAACAAGACAGGAAAACAGUGGUAUGUCCCAUCAUUGAUGUGAUCAGUGAUGAUACUUUUGAGUACAUGGCAGGUUCUGAUAUGACCUAUGGUGGAUUCAACUGGAAGCUCAAUUUCCGCUGGUACCCUGUUCCCCAAAGAGAAAUGGACAGAAGGAAAGGGGAUCGGACUCUUCCUGUCAGAACACCUACAAUGGCAGGAGGCCUUUUUUCAAUAGACAGAGAUUACUUUCAGGAAAUUGGAACAUAUGAUGCUGGAAUGGAUAUUUGGGGAGGAGAAAACCUGGAAAUUUCCUUUAGGAUCUGGCAGUGUGGAGGAACUUUGGAGAUUGUCACUUGCUCCCAUGUUGGACAUGUGUUCCGGAAAGCUACACCUUACACAUUCCCAGGAGGCACAGGACAGAUUAUUAAUAAAAAUAACAGACGACUUGCAGAAGUGUGGAUGGAUGAAUUCAAGAAUUUCUUCUAUAUAAUUUCUCCAGGUGUUACGAAGGUAGAUUAUGGAGAUAUAGCAUCGAGAGUUGGUCUAAGACACAAACUCCAAUGCAAACCUUUCUCUUGGUACCUGGAGAAUAUUUAUCCUGAUUCUCAGAUUCCACGUCACUAUUUCUCUUUGGGAGAGAUACGAAAUGUGGAAACAAAUCAGUGUCUGGAUAACAUGGCUAGAAAAGAAAAUGAAAAAGUUGGAAUUUUUAACUGUCAUGGUAUGGGAGGUAAUCAGGUUUUCUCUUACACUGCCAACAAGGAAAUCAGGACGGACGACCUUUGUCUGGACGUCUCCAAACUUAAUGGCCCGGUCACAAUGCUCAAAUGCCACCACCUGAAAGGCAACCAGCUUUGGGAGUAUGAUCCUGUGAAGCUCACGCUGCAGCACGUGAACAGUAACCAGUGCCUGGACAAAGCUACAGAGGACGACAGCCAGGUGCCCAGCAUCAGAGACUGCACUGGGAGCCGGUCCCAGCAGUGGCUUCUUCGAAACGUCACGCUUCCAGAAAUAUUCUGAGACCAAAUUUACACGAAAAAAGAAAAAAGUAAGGAUUGACUGGGCUACCUCAGCAUACAUUUCUGCCACAUUCUGAAGCAGCGAACGUGGACAAGUGCUUCCUCCCGCAGGACGAACGGUGUGGCGGCCAUCACGACGGGAGACGGUCGCUUCUCACUAGCUGUGGGCCAGCCUUCCUUUCCGAGGACGUGCGACCGCUGUUCAGCGAGGCCGUGCACACUGAUGUUUACAAGAUUGAGAGAGUCUUUCGUCGAGAAUCGUUGUAAAGAGUGUUCAGACAGUGAAACAAUCAACAACACGUGCGCUCCAGAGAGCCAGGCCUUUUGGGGUUUGCUUGCACAUCAGUAAUUUCUGCUGGACGUGCUGUCAUAGUGAAGAGAUUUCUAAGAUUUUUCUGGUUAGAACUGGUAGCCAGUAUAUUAAAUAUUGAUAUAAAGAUAUAUGAAAAGAACUGGAACCAGAUUCAGAAUCAUGAAAGCAACAUUUUUACAAUUAAAAACUAUAUAAAACAGGGUUCAAAGGAAAUUAAAACAGAACUAUGAGAAGUACAAUUUGUUAUAGUAUAGUAUCAAAUUUCUAUAUAGAUUUUAUACCUCAGUGGGAAAGAUAACUGACUCCAACCACAUUCAUUUUGUUUUCAUCUGUGACAGUCAUGGAUGCUUUUUUAUUUCUCCUCGGGGUGCUGAAAUCGAGCUGGGAAAAAAGGCUCUUUGAACGUAGUUUUAAUUGCUUUCUACAAUUUUUAAAAUUUGGUUUGUGGGCUGUUAGAAUUGUAAUUUUUAAUUGCCUUCCAAAAAUGGGGAUUUAAAAUCAUCCCUGGGUUCACUGCACAGUUAGAUAUCUCAGUUGCUCUUGGGUCAACUGGCUAGUAGACUCGCACACACACAUGGAUUUCUUAUUAGAUUUUCAACAACUUAACUUCAUUCAACUGAUUAUGCUUAAUACCCAAGAUUCAUACUACUGUACUACAGGUAUGUUUUUACAGCAAUAAAUCUUCAGUUUUUUGUUUCUGAUUCCACUCAACAAAAGGCCUGCAGAAGUGAUUUAUUAUUUGGGUAUUUGGAGAUGAUACGUUUGACGUUGUUUUUUUGUUUUUUUGUUUUGUUUUGUUUUGUUUUUGAAAACUUUUCACUCCAUACUCAAGAUGUGCUUCACUGUCAAGUGCGUAUUUAGUUUAGGUUCUUGAAUUGUAAUGUUGAUCUGCUGCGUUUUUUAAGAAAAUAAAAUUUAACUGAAAAUGU